AUGCGCAUCGUGGGCCGCAAGUACCGGUUCGUCUAUCCCUUCGUCAAGACCCACGAGUGGUACCAGUGCUCCCAGGAAGAACGGCAGCGGAUGAUGAGCCAGCAUUUUGUCAUCGGCCACAAGUAUCCGGACGUGAAGAUCAGCACGUCCUACUCAUUCGGGCUGGACGACCAGGAGUUUGUCCUGGGCUUCGAGACAGACCACCCCGGCACCUUCCUGGACCUGGUGAUGGACCUGCGGAACUCGGAAGCCCGCCCCUACACGGAGCGGGACACGCCGAUUUUCACCUGCCUGGCCAAGCCGGUAAGGGAGUGUUUGGAUGAUUUGGGGUAG